CACGCACCCAUGACAGAAAGAGCAGUGAAGAUACAUGUAAAGCACUUUGAGAAGUCUAGUACCGUGGACACCCUGGACUGGACAAGACCGGACUUUCACCGCACACCCACAUCACGUCCAAAGCGAUCAGAACGGCGAUGAUGUUAUCGCAUGAGCAGUGCCAGUUCUUCCGCGAACAUGGUUAUCUGAUUUUUCGCGAUGUGCUUUCGCCCGAAGAGACCACCGAUCUCAGGGGUUGGGCUCAAGAAGUACACGACUGGCCAACAAAUGAGGACUCUCCAUGGAUGCCAUACGAGGAAAUCAACGAUAAGGGCAAGAAGGUCUUGUGCCGCACAGAAAACUAUGCCAACUCGCACUCCGGGUUCAAUGGACUCCUCCGUGGAUCGAAAUUUCUGAGUCUGCUCGGCGAGUUGGCCGGUGAAGAAAUGUCACUGUUUAAGGAAAAGAUCAAUUAUAAACUUGCGGGAAGUGGUGGGUUUGCACCCCACGUCGACUCGACGGCGUACACCCACAUCAAGAACGUCAAGCAUUUAACAAUAUUGCUUGCUGUCGAUCCAUCCAACAUGUCGAAUGGAGGGCUAGAAGUCGUGGAUGGUAGCCAUGACAUGGAUGUUCCGGUUGGAAAAGACAACUGCAUCGAGCCAGAAUGGGUCAAGAAUCAAAAGUGGACGCCGGUAACCUUGGAGGCAGGACAAUUGCUCGCCUUUGGGUCGUACCUGGCCCAUAGGAGCGGUGCCAACCAUAGUAACGUUGACCGGAAGGCGAUCUAUGCCACGUACAACUGUGCUCGAGAAGGCGACCUCCAUGACGAGUAUUAUGCACACCGGAAGGUGAUCUGGCCUCCAAUGCAGCUCAGAAAGCAAGGCAACCAGUACGAAGAGGGCGCCCUGAGAUAUGGGUUUGGCAGCCCGAUGUUGAGUGUAGACGCUGGAAAACAGCUUGAGUUCGACGGAGAGAAACCGUCCCCUCAGAAUGCGAAGGCCGCCGAGACUGCGUUAGCUAUCAUCGACAUCCUUCGCUCGUAUGGUCAAAGCGACUAUAUUGGAGAACCCGUCUCACAGAUCGAACACUCGCUACAGUGUGCAAACCUCGCCGCAAAGAAUUCUGCAGACUCCCAGACGGUCGUUGCUGCACUGCUUCAUGACAUUGGCCAAAUCAUGCCCGCGGCAGAGGCAGAAAAGCUUCUGGGUGGCCGCAAGGUUCAGGAUAUGCGCCAGGAGGGCACCGACACCAAAGAUUCGGGAUCGACUAACAGUGUAGGACGCAUCUCUCAUGAAACCUUGGGUGCUCAGUACCUGCUUGCACUGGGUUUUCCGUCAAAAGUCGCUGAGCUUGUUGAGGCGCAUGUGCCUGCUAAGAGAUACCUUUGUGCCACGGAGAAAGGUUAUUAUGAUACCUUGAGCGAGGCUAGCAAGGAGAGUCUGAUAUUUCAAGGAGGUCCAAUGAGUCAAGAGGAGGUGCGCCAAUGGCAGGGGGAUAAAUGGGCAGCCGAGAAGGCCAACUUGCGGAGAUGGGAUGAUGGCGCGAAGGUAGUAGGUUUGGACGUCCCAGGCGUUGAGACUUAUCGACCUGCGCUGGAACAAGUUCUGAUUUCAUAGUGCGAAACGAUGUGAUACUGAAAUCGAAGCAACUUGUCAUCGAGACCUGAAGCUGCUACGAGGGAAAAGCCUGUCUUAAUACUCAGGAAGGCUGCUUGACAAGGGGCGUUCAGGAGGCUCAGCCGGCUCGUGACCACUAAAGCAGCAACACAAUUGUUUUCAGAACCUCGGCGCGCUGGCUAGUGAUCGCAGCGAUCUUGAC